ACCCAGGGAGUGGCGGCGGUCCGGAGUCUAGGCGACGGGGCGUGACGGGGCCGGAAGGUGGCGGGAGGGGGCCGGGUCGGAGCCGGCCGGAGGGCCAGGUCCGGAGGCCCCCACCCUGGCGUGCCCGCCCCCUCCGCGGCAGAGGAGGAAGAGGAGGAUGAUCUCCAGAUACACUCGGAAGGCGGUGCCUCAGAGCUUGGAACUGAAAGGAAUAACAAAACAUGCUAUUAGUCAUCAUCCUCUUCCAGAGCAGCUAGAUGAAAUUUCUUCUACCAAUGAAAGCCAUGAAAAAGACACAAGUUCCCAAAGUGAGUCUGACAUCACACAAGAAUCGCCUUUUACAUCAGCUGACACUGGGAAUUCAAGAUCUGCUUUUCCAAGCUAUACAGGCACAGGGAUCUCUACAGAAGGCAGCUCAGACUUCUCCUGGGGCUAUGGUGAACUUGAUCAAAAUGCCACUGAAAAGGUCCAGGCAAUGUUCACAGCCAUUGACGAGCUCUUAUAUGAGCAGAAGUUGAGUGUGCAUACUAAGAGUCUACAAGAAGAGUGCCAACAAUGGACAUGUAGCUUUCCUCACCUCAGGAUUCUGGGUAAGCAGAUAAUCACUCCAAGUGAAGGUUAUGGACUGUAUCCUAGAUCCCCUUCUGUUGUUUCAGCUUCACAGGAGGCAACACUUUCUCAAGAAAGAGAUUCUACUAUAUUUGGUAUUAGGGGAAAGAAGUUACAUUUUUCAUCUUCUUAUGUUCAUAAAGCAUCUUCCAUUGCCAAAUCCCCUAGUUUGUAUUCUAUGGAGAGAGAAGAGGAAGACUGUGUAAUCUUUUCUGAAGGAAUAAUAGAGGAAUACCUAGCCUUCGACCACACUGAUAUGGAAGAGGGGUUUCAAGGAAAGAAAUUACAAGCAGCUCCAGAGAAACAGAAAUUAGGAUACCCUCCCAUUGCUCCAUUUUACUGCAUGAAGGAGGAUGUCCUUGCUUAUGUGUUUGACGACGUAUGGAGCAAGGUUCUGAAUUGUAUGGAGCAGCUGACACGUAGUCAUUGGGAGGGAUUGGCUUCUGAUGAUGAGAGUAACGUUGCAAUCACCAGACCAGCUUCAGAAAGCCCCUGCGUGCUGAGCGAACCACAACCUUUGGUGUUACCUCGAGUGCCACAGUUGAAGGUGCCGUCCAUCACCUCAAAUCCAAUGAAUCUCUGUCAAGCAGCAAGUGGUCAUCAGCCAAACGUGAAUGGUCUCUUGGUUCAUGGGAUGCCUCUACAGCCAAGAAAUCUCUCCCUAAUGGACAAACUACUAGAUCUUGAUGACAAGUUACUUAUGAGACCUGGAUCCAGUACCAUCCUUUCAACUCGAAAUUGGCCAAAUCGAGCCCUGGAGCUUAGUACAUCAGCUCUAUCAUACACAGUACAGUCUGCCAGGAGACGCAAUCCCCCACCACGUACCCUUCAUCCCAUCAGCACAAGCCAUUCACGCGCUGGAACGCCAAGACCUGUGGAAGAAAUACUCAGAGGAUCCCGAGUCCCAGUAGCCGCUGACUCGCUCUCUCCCUCACCAAUGCCCCUGAGCCGAAACAAUCUGCUGCCCCCUAUUGGCACAGCUGACGUGGAACACUUGAGCACCGUGGGGCCACAAAGGCAAAUGAAAACCCACGGCGACUCCAGUCGAGCUCGAAGUGCGGUGGUGGAUGAGCCUAACCAUCAGCAGCCCCAGGAGAGGCUCCUUCUACCGGACUUCUUCUCCAGGCCCAACACAACUCAAUCAUUUUUGCCAGAUACACAGUAUCAUCAUUCAUGUGCUGUUGAGUAUCCUCAUCAGGCCCGACCUGGUAGAGGAUCUGCAGUGACAGGUCCUCAGUUACAUGGGUCUACAAAAUCUCAAAACAGAGGUGGACCAGUCUCUAGAAGCAGGCAGGGGCCAUAGGGGAAAUGAGAAGAAAGUGCUUCAGGCUGCAGGGAACAACGUGAGAAAAAUUCAUGAAUCAGUGUUCAGUCAUCUUGUGUCACAAAGCUUGUAUACAAGAGACCACUUAAAACCGUCUUCAUGAAGUGUUAAUCUGGUAUAACUGACUGAGAAAAAAAGAGGAUCCGCCAAAAAUUACAUGGGUACUGUUUCUCUCUCCAGUUCCUGUCUUCUUUCAGCCUAAGUUAGCCUAUUCCACUGGACUUAAAAUUUGUACCCAAAGAAGUAACAAAUGAAUUAUUAUCCCCAAAUCUCAUGUUGUCUGUUAACAAUGAUCAGCUCAAUUAUUACAGGAUUCUAUGAGACUAUACAUACACAAAAAGCAAAUAAUUGUUUGAUAACAUUAUCACCGGCCUCACAAUACUUCUGCUUGUAUGAAUUUCUGGAGAGGUCCACUCAUUUUUAAGGCAGUUUUAGGAGACAGAGCUGUCAAAAAUCUGAGUUACUCAUCAAACAGAUGUCAUUCCUAAAGCUUUCUCUUUAGAUGUCCAAUCUUAUAGGCAAAGAGAUAUGGAAAGGCUAAGUAAAGACAUAAAUGUGAGCAUCGGUAUAAACUAACUUAUAUAAGUCAUAAUGUAUAUAUAUUUUCAGAUAGGACAGCUCAACCUCACAAGGCCUGCUUCCUACUAGAUUAUGCUUUUCUUCUUAAAGGACCUCAGUGGUCAUAUAUAUAUUUUUUAACUAUUAUACUCAACUUACCAGAUUUUCUACUUAAACUCUAAGCAGACUUCAAAAAUUUGUAGAACCUAUUAGUGAGCCAGCAUUACCUCAAUAUUUCAGAAACUCUGGUAAUUAGUUUAGCAUAAACAUAUCCUAAGAGCAGAAGUACAGAACUUCAGCAUUCUUCUGACUUCACCAUGGACCUUUUUGGGAGGACACUCAUAAAUGCAGCAGUGGUUUUAACUAUGGCUUAAAUUAAUUUUACUUAAAUUUCACUGAACUUUAAUUUUGAUGAUACCAGUUUUAGAUCUUAUUGUAAAUCUUCAGAGGGGAUAAAUUCAAAAGAUCAUAAAUAGGGGUAGUAUUUAUUUUAUCGAAGUGUAGUAAUGCUAUCAUAUGAAGACAGAUGCUUCAAACAACCUGCAUUAAAUUAUAUUUUAAUAUAAUUAAAGAGUAUUUUUUAACUUGUUUGUAAUCACAAACUAAAAAUGUGUCAUGUGCUUACCUCAGAUUAAUUAGCAUACAUAAAACUCAGUAACAGAAGGGUUGUUAUAUAUUCAAUACCAUAUGCAUAAAAGUCUAUAACUCAAAGACUUUAAGUUAUCAGUUGCUAAAAAAUGUCCAUAUAUUCCGAAGAGUACAUAACAAUUUGACUAAAUAUAAGUAAACAUCUCUAUACCAUCCUCACAAAUCAAUACAUGAGUGCAUAACAAACCACUGGAUCAAGAUGGCCUGCCUUUCAAAGUUAAGAGAAUCCGAAGGAACCCCUAGGAAGUCAUUUAGCCCAACUCCUUCACCCUUUACAGAUGAGGAAACAAGUUCAAACAAGAUCUGCGACCUAAGGACAGACAUUCAACAGUUACAGGCAGGUCAACUUCUUUAUACUACUUAAAUCUGGCUACAUACUAUAAAGCGAAUUUGGUUACUUUUCUUCUCUCUUCUCUCAACACUA